AUGGCCAAGCACGCGCUAGUUGUCGGUGCCUCGUCGGGCAUCGGGCUCGCCGUGGCGCUGAAAAUGGCGCCUAUGGUCGAUAAGCUGACGUUGUGCUCGCGGAGAUGCCCGCCGGACCUAGUAGCGUCCAUCCGUGCCAAGUACCCGGGUCUUGAUGUGGUUUACGAACGCUUGGACGUGUCUCUUUUGCACGAGGUACGUCGGUUCACUGCGCGACACAAGGACACCAAGUUCGACUGGAUCGUCCUCACGGCCGGUAUCCUGUCACUCAAUGGACGCACCGAGACAAAGGAGGGACUCGAUGUCAAGAUGAGCACUCACUAUUACGGACGUUUCAUGUUGGUGCACGACUUGCUGGCAGGGCUGGACCGUCCAGGAGUACGUGUGCUUAACGUGCUGGGAGCGGGUCGUGGCGGAGCGCCUCAUCUAAACGACUUGGAUCUGAAGGCGAAUUACUCGAUCAAACACUGCGCCGAUGCAACGACGCUCUACUCGGAUCUGAUGGCGCAGGCAUUGUCGGAGCACGCACCCAACGCGUCCUUCAUGCACAUCUACCCUGGUUUUGUCAACACGGGGCUGUUCAACCGCUUUCCGUGGUAUGUUCGAGUGCCAUCCAAAGUCUUCGCAGUAGUCGCGGCGCACUCGCCGGAACGAUGUGCUGAGUACUUAGUCGCCACUCUUACGAAACCCGAGUUCGCGACGGGGUGGAAGCUGUUGGGAGAACGUGGAGAGCCUCUUUCCAAGACGAAAUACCACACGGACAAGCUCAAGAAUACCGUCUGGGACCACACACUUAAGACCAUCGAGACCGUGAUGAAACCAGUGAAAUGA